CGGGGCCGUGGCGGUGGCGGCGGCGCGGAGCGGAGCCGGAGCGGGGCCCGAGGCCGGGCAUGCAGGGCAGCGCGCGGAGCCGGGAGCCCCGGGGAGCCGCCAUGGGCGCCCGCCCGCCCAGCGCCGCGCCGAGGCCGCCCGCCGCCCCCUCGCCCCUCUGAGCCCAUGGAGCUGCUGCUGCGGGGCCGCGGCCGCUGCCGCCGGGAUUUCGGCUGGCCACGGGGACCCUCGGCGCCUCUGCCAUGGUGACAUGAAGCGGGCGGCGAGGGACGCCGGGCUGCCGGAGGGGAGAGAGCCUGCGCGCGCACGGGCGCCCCGCGGGGCUUUUUAAUUUAUUCUUAGUCGCCUUGCUCCAGCUCCUUCGGCUCCUUUUCGUAUCGCGGCGGUGGUGGACGUCUCUUCCCCUCCCCUGGGGCUGGAGAGGGGAGGGGAGCGGGCAGGGCUUUUGGGGGCCCCCGACUCGCCCGUGGAUGCAAGGAUGAGCGUGCUGGCGAGGGCGCGGAGGGGUAUCCGCCAGGUGUCUCCCCAGGUGGUGCUGCUGCUGCUCUUCGCCUUCUGCCUGCUGAGCGUUUUCGUCUCGGCGUAUUAUUUAUAUGGCUGGAAAAGGGGCUUGGAGCCCUCCGGGGACGUGCCGGGGCCGGACUGCGAUGAACCCAAGGUCGCCCCUUCCCGCUUGCUGCCGCUGAAGGCCCUGAAGGUGGCCGAUUCCUCCCGCACGGACCCCUUGGUGCUGGUGUUCGUGGAGAGCCUCUACUCGCAGCUGGGCCAGGAGAUCGUGGCUAUUUUGGAGUCGAGCCGCUUCAAGUACAGGACAGAGAUCGCCCCGGGGAAGGGGGACAUGCCCACGCUGACUGACAAGGACCGCGGGCGCUUCGCCCUCAUCAUUUACGAGAACAUCCUCAAGUACGUCAACCUGGACGCCUGGAACCGGGAGCUGCUGGACAAGUACUGCGUGGAGUACGGCGUGGGCAUCAUCGGCUUCUUCAAGGCCAACGAGAACAGCCUGCUGAGCGCGCAGCUGAAGGGCUUCCCCCUCUUCCUCCACUCCAACCUGGCGCUGAAGGACUGCAGCAUCAACCCCAAGUCGCCCCUGCUGUACACCACGCGGCCCAGCGAGGUGGAGAAGGGCGUGCUGCCCGGCGAGGACUGGACCGUCUUCCAGUCCAACCACUCCACCUACGAGCCCGUCCUCCUGGCCAAAACCAAGUCGGCCGAGUCCAUCCCCCACAUGAGCGUGGACGCGGCGCUGCACACCACGGUGAUGCAGGACCUGGGCCUCCACGACGGCAUCCAGAGGGUGCUUUUCGGCAACAACCUCAGCUUCUGGCUGCACAAGCUGGUCUUCGUCGACGCCGUCUCCUUCCUGACGGGCAAGAGGCUCUCGCUGCCCCUCGACCGCUACAUCCUGGUGGACAUCGACGACAUCUUCGUGGGCAAGGAGGGCACCCGCAUGAAGGUGGAAGACGUCAAGGCGCUGUUCGACACGCAGAACGAGCUGCGCACCCACAUCCCCAACUUCACCUUCAACUUGGGAUACUCAGGGAAAUUCUUCCACACAGGUGAGGAUGCCGAGGACGAAGGCGACGACCUGCUGCUGUCCUACGUGAAGGAGUUCUGGUGGUUCCCGCACAUGUGGAGCCACAUGCAGCCACACCUCUUCCACAACCAGUCGGUUCUGGCCGAGCAGAUGACCCUAAACAAGAAAUUCGCUGUCGAGCACGGCAUCCCCACCGACAUGGGGUACGCGGUGGCCCCCCACCACUCGGGUGUCUACCCCGUGCACGUGCAGCUGUACGAAGCCUGGAAGCAGGUCUGGUCGAUCAAAGUGACGAGCACAGAGGAGUACCCCCACCUGAAACCCGCUCGCUACCGUCGCGGCUUCAUCCACAACGGCAUCAUGGUCCUCCCCCGGCAAACCUGCGGGCUGUUCACGCACACCAUCUUCUACAACGAGUACCCCGGGGGCUCCAGCGAGCUGGACAAAAUCAUCAACGGGGGCGAGCUGUUCCUGACCGUGCUCCUCAACCCCAUCAGCAUCUUCAUGACCCAUCUGUCCAACUACGGCAACGACCGCCUGGGCUUGUACACCUUCAAGCACCUGGUCCGCUUCCUCAACUCCUGGACCAACCUGAAGCUGCAGACGCUGCCGCCCGUGCAGCUGGCACAGAAAUACUUCCAGAUCUUCUCCGAGGAGAAGGAUCCGCUGUGGCAGGAUCCCUGUGAGGACAAGCGGCACAAAGACAUUUGGUCCAAAGAAAAGACCUGCGACCGCUUCCCAAAGCUUCUCAUCAUCGGGCCCCAAAAAACAGGAACAACUGCCCUUUAUCUCUUCUUGGGGAUGCACCCGGACCUGAGCAGCAACUACCCCAGCUCAGAGACCUUCGAGGAGAUCCAGUUCUUCAACGGACACAACUACCACAAGGGCAUUGACUGGUACAUGGAGUUCUUCCCCAUCCCCUCCAACACCACCUCCGAUUUCUACUUUGAAAAAAGUGCCAACUACUUUGAUUCAGAAGUUGCUCCCCGGCGAGCUGCGGCCCUGCUGCCCAAGGCCAAAGUCAUCACCAUCCUCAUCAACCCUGCAGAUCGAGCCUACUCCUGGUACCAGCACCAGCGAGCCCACGACGACCCGGUGGCCCUGAAGUACACCUUCCACGAGGUGAUCACGGCCGGACCCGAGGCUGCUGCCAAGCUCCGGGCCCUGCAGAACCGCUGCCUGGUGCCAGGCUGGUACGCCACGCACAUCGAGCGCUGGCUCAACAGCUUCCACGCCAACCAGAUUCUUGUCCUGGACGGCAAGCUGCUCCGAACAGAACCUGCCAAAGUGAUGGAAACAGUCCAGAAAUUCCUCGGGGUGACCAACUUCAUCGAUUACCACAAAACCCUGGCGUUUGACCCAAAGAAAGGCUUCUGGUGUCAGCUGCUGGAAGGAGGGAAAACCAAAUGCUUGGGGAAGAGCAAAGGGAGGAAGUACCCCGAGAUGGAUUCGGAUUCGCGAGCCUUCCUGCGGGACUAUUACCGGGACCAUAACAUCGAGCUCUCCAAGCUCCUGUACAAAAUGGGGCAGGUGCUGCCCACCUGGCUGCGGGAGGAGCUGCAGAGCACCAGGUAGCUGCCGCCCCCAGCACCAACACGGCCCUGAGCAAUAUCCAGCUGCGGCCUUCCAGGGGACCCCCGCAGCCCCCCCAGCAGCCCCCGAGCGGGGCUGCCUGGGCACCGGGCUCCUGGCCCAGCACCGCCGCCUCUCCGCCUGCCCCACGGCCGUUUUGUUUCUUGUUUUCUUCCUUUUUAAUUCCGGGGCCUGGUGGUGAGGUCCUUUCCCGUCCCGCUCUGAUGGGAGAAACUGGGAAUCGGCACAAAUUCCUCCUUUCUCAGCCCAAAACUGGCCCUGAGUCCCCUGGGCCUGCGAGCGGUGGCAGAGCUGCUGUGCCUCCUCGGGAGGUGAUGGAGGAGCAGCUCCGGGCGUGCUGGAGGUGACUGGUGCUGAGCUGGAGCAGAGGAGAGGAGCUGCUGGAGAGCCGACACACGAAGUGACCCUGCCCCUCACGGCAGGAAUCGGGGAUUUUCUGGAAUUCCCCCCAAACCCAGCUCUAAAAAUCGGGAAGAAAGGCGUCGUUUUGUUUCACGGACUCGGAUGCUGUUUCCUUGGUCGUCUCCGUUCGUUUUCACUCUCCUCCUCCUCCUCCCGGUCCGUGAGCAGUGCGGGGGCACCGCUGUGGAGCAGAAGAAGGGUGCGGGGUGCUCGCAGCCCCUGCCCGAGGUGUUUUACACCCGUGGUGGUUCCUGUGGUACAGCCCCGAGGCGCCCGGCGGCCUGCGGGACGAGGCAGACUUUGAGAUAACUUCAGUCGGAAGGAUGCUGAGAACUUGGAACCUCUUGAAUAUUAAAAGCUAAAAGUAUUUUAAUAACGUUGGGGCGUGGGGGGGGGGGGGGUGGAGGGGAGGGCUCGUUUCGUUCUCGUUUUGUUUUAAUUCGGUGCCAGAAUUUGUACCUGAACCCCGAGGGUUUUACGUGGUCUCGGCUGUUACACGCGACGGGGACAAAAUUGGGGGGGUGGGGGAGGUCUGGGGCAGGUUUCCCAACCACAGCCGUGUCUCCAGACUGCAGCGGUGACGUGCAGGAGCUGCAGCCCCGCUUCUGCCUCUCCCUCACCCCCCGUCCGUGUGUCUGGGUGUCUGCUGCUACCUCUCAUCAGCGGGGUUUGCCAGCGUGUCCCCGUCCCCUGUCCCCGUCCCUGGCUGUGAGCGUGCACCAGGCUGUGAGUGUGAGCGUGUGUGUGUGUGUGUGUGUGUGCGUGCACCAGUGCCACCACUGAGCCAUACUGGGCUGCUGUGGGGAAGGGCCUCAAUUAUUUCCUCGUGGCCUCUCCGGGAUGCGUGUGCCAAAGGCUGGGGCAGGGAGCAGCUGGGGUGCAGGGGGGGGAUUUGGUGCUGUGCGGCCCCGAGCUGCCUGGCUUUGGGGCGCAGCGCGGGCACCCCCUUCCCGUGGGGACCAGGGGGCUGCCUGCCCCCCUCCCGGGCAGCACAGCAUCGCCGGAGGAGCAGCCAAAGGUACGGGAGAGGAUGGGGAGGAGGGAAGGACGCGUGCUGUCUGCAGCCCCAGGGAUAUUUGGGGUCGCACGGAUGAAUUCGGGGUGCUGGGGACCCGAGCCAGCCCCCGCCGUGCCCAGCACCCAGCCAAGUGCAGGCAGUGAGGGGAGAGCAGCAGAACCGUGGGGCUCUUCCCCCCUCAUUUCACAUUUUGGAGGAUGGAGCCCUGCUCCCUGUGGGGCCCCCAAACCUUUUCUUUGUGCAUGAAGCUCUGCAGGGGCCGCCCUGCCCCUCCUCGGCUCCGUCCAAGCCCGUCCCCGGGGUUGCGUUCAGAGCGUGCCAGUCGCUGCUGUAAGGUCCUGAUGAACUGCUAAUAAAAAUAAAAGGGGGUGCGCUGGUUUUA